GAAUUGGAAUCCCUAAUAAAUCAUGCUAAACGAAAACUCUAUUAUUCUCUAUAUGAAAAAUCCAGAUCCUAUAUUUUAUGGGAUGAUGGAUGAUCUGGUCAUUCAGUGUUUAAAAAAAGAUAAUGUGAAAAUAAUUGUAACUGAUUUAGAAGAAUUAAGUGUCAUAAUCGGAAGUGAAUUUAUAUUUUUAAGAAAUGGAGAGCAAAUAUAAUUUGAUGCAUUUUUAGGUUAUGGAUAUAUGGCACCAAAACACUACAUGGAUUAUAUGUAUUUUAAUUUUGCUGCAUUUUCGGCUGGGAAGGUAACACUUUAUUCACCAUAAACUGAACAUGUAUUGUAAAACAAACUAUUACAAUAUGCAAAGUUUAGUGAAGGGUAAGUGCCAUUUCCUCGUUGUAGUGCUUCAUUCUCUGUAUAAUAGUUUAAGAAAAACUUAUCUCAAUUUGAAAACAAAGCAAUCAUGAAAGAAGUUGUAGGAUAUGAAGGAACAGGUGUUAAAUUGUCAAGUAAUAAAAUUUAAAGCACAGAGAUCUUCUGCAAAUCUCUUUGGAAUGGAGAACAGGCUAUAAUUUAAGAUUUUGUUGGUGAUUCUGUUGGUCGAUCUAUCAGAGUGUUAGUUAUCGGUGGAAAAGCAGUAUCAGUAACCGAAUUCUAAGAUAAUAUUGAUUUUAAAUCCAAUGGCUAUAGUGAUGAUUUUAAGAUUGAAUCGAAGAUGGAUAGUAAAAAAAAAGAGGAAUAUUUUAGAUUAGCAGAAAAGGCUUGUUUAGCAAUUGACUCUAAUCUGACAAUUGGAGGAGUCGACAUAAUUGAUUCAGAAAAAAAUGGACUAGUUGUUUUAGAAAUCAAUUAAUGGCCAGAAAUAACAUUCUCUGAAGAUGUCACUGGAUUACCCCUUUUCGAAAUAUUUGGUUAAGAAUUCAUAAGGAAAAUACAACAGAAUAAUAAUGUUAGACUAUGA